AUGUUCACUCAGGAGGAGCUUCUAGACCUCAUGAACGAAACCGACUUGUCCAAGCUUUUGGCAGUCACACAGAGCCUUUUGAACCGCAAAAUGCUCAAAUUGGCCAAAAUCGGCGAAGAUCUCCGAUUCCAGGCGAUUCUGGCGCUGGAAACGAAAAAGUUGACCUCGAUGACCGACGAUGAACAAAUGAUCUACUCCUACAUUGAAGCUUCGGGAAGAGAAGGUAUCUGGACAAAGACACUCAAGGCCAAAACCAACAUGCACCAGCACAUCGUCAUGCGGUGCUUGAAGCUGUUGGAGCUGCAACGUUACAUCAAGCUGAUCAAGUCCGUCAAGCAUCCUACAAGAAAAAUCUACAUGCUUUACAAUCUCCAGCCGUCCAUUGACGUGACUGGUGGUCCGUGGUUUACGGAUUCCGAGCUCGAUACGGAAUUUAUCGACUCUUUGCUCACUGUCGUGUGGCGUUUCAUAGCGCUGAAAACGUUUCCUCUGGCUUUCCAGGAACCUCAGGCCAAUGUGAAUGUUUUCUCCAGCGUGUACCCUGCGAACCACACCGGGUUUGCCAGUCUUGACGCUGUCAUGGAUUUCAUUACCAGCAACAAAAUCACCAAUAUCGACUUGGCCCUCAACGACGUUCGUUCCCUCUGUGAAGUGCUCAUAAUGGACGACAAGAUCGAGGUUGUCAGAGACACAGCUGAUGUGUAUAAGGCCACGUGGCAGCUGGUUCUUGAAGCUGGCUACGGAAGGGCCUACAGAGAGGGCACUUUAGAUUCUGAGCAGGAGAAGUUCUUGAAGGAGCUAGACGCUGAGAACCAGUUCAGUCUUUUCGACCACUACUCUGUGAUCAACGCACAGGUGAACGAGGAUGACGUGGUGUACCUCGAUCUGUGGCUCCGGGCCUAG